AAGUGGGUCAGCGGUGGACUGUGCGGGGUUGGGGAUGACUCGCGGAUGAGGUGUGCACCCGCGUAGUUUCAGCCGUCGCGCACGUUGGAUGGUGCCCACCAUGCUGGACACAAACCGGGAGCACCUGGUGUGGCCAGGCGUGCCAGUGGGUGGCCGUGCAAUGCAGCCACUCUUUGUCAAGAAUGGCUCUGAGACGGACACCAUGGAACUGACACUGUCCAUACAGGACUGCCCUCACUUCAAGUUCGAGGCCUUCCCGCGGCCGAGCGGCUCGCUCCAGAUCGCCAUGCCGCCGCGCACCGAACGCAACGUCAACGUGGUGUUCACGCCGUCGUCGCCGGCGCCUUACCGCGGCACGGUGGUGAUCCGGCCCAGCGGCGGCCAGCACGAGCGGCGCGACGCGGCCGUGAUCCCGCUGAGCGGGUACGGCGGCGCGUCCGACGUGCAGAUCCACGUGAACGCGCGCGACCCGUCCGGCCGGCCUUGCCUCAGCCUGAACGCCGCCGGGCCGGGCGGCACACGACUGGCCGGCUUCUCGAUCGCCAACAUCGGCCAGCGCGCCGCCUACAUCAAGCUGGUGGUGUUCUCAGACAUGGCGUGCGAGCGGCCGCUGCCAGCGCACCAGGCCACCGUGCACCCCAGCCAGUUCAUCCUGCGGCCGGGCGACACGCGCCAGCUGACGGCCGUCGUGCCGCCCGUGGCGCACGCGCAGGACGUGGGCGCCGUGCUGGUGCUGAGCGGCGACGAGACGCUGCGCCAGGAGCUUCGGCGCCGGCCGCCAGGGGCGGGGCCGUCGCACCACACGCCCGCCAACCUCCGCACCAUCAACUUCCAGGCGUCGUACGACGGCGAGGCGCCCGACGGCCAGGCCGCCGCCGCGCUCGGCGCCUCCGCCGCCCGCAUGGAGGAGCUCUUCUUCUCCAGCAUGAAGCAGACGAAGCUGCCGCUCAAGUACAUGCCGGCGCGGCCGCUCUCCGUGGCGUCGGAGCCCAAGCCGCACGACUUCUCCAGCCCGUACGACCCCAGUUUCAGGAACUCGUCGGACGUGUACCGGGCGCCCGGUCAGCCGGGCAGGCCGGCGGAGUCGCCUCACCGCCAGACGACGCCGCUGGAGCUGACCAAGCGGACGCCGUCGCCGUCGUCGCCGGCGGCGGGCCGGCCGGCGCCGCCGUCCGGCGACUCGGCCUGGUGGCCGCGGCCGCCCGGCCUGCAGCAAGUCAUCAGCGAGCGCGGCCAGGCCAAGCUGCGCAUCUCCACCAAUCACCUGAUGUUCCCGCGCACGCCGCUCGGUGUGCCGCGCGCCCUGUCCGUCCAGCUGACCAACCUGAGCGGCGAGCUCAUCAAGUGGAACAUGUUCGGCUACAGCAUGCCCUACCUCAUCACGGGUGUCAACUGCAUGGUCAAGUGCGGCUACGACGUGUUCAAGAUGCGACCCAAGGAUGACGUCAUCAAGCCGGGUCAGACGCUGACCCUGCAGGUGACGUUCAGCCCGCCCUACCCGGGACAGCUGACGCAGCUGUUCCAGCUCCUGUGCAAGCCGGCCAAGGAGACGCCGGGGAUGCCGAUGGUGGUGUACACGCUGCCAGUGCAGGUGUCGGGCCGCGGCAGCGUGCUGGACGAGGGCGAGGACGAGUCUGACCUGCUGACGGCGCCGCUGCACGUCUCCGAGGACUACCUCUUCUUCCGGCACUGGUCCAUCUGCCACAAGCUCGAGAUCACCAACAAGAUGAGGGAUGAGUUGCCGGUGGAGUACCGGGUGUCGGGCCCGUUCAAGGUGGUGGCCGGUCCCAAUGAGUCGAGCCUGACCGACCUCACCGAGGGACACAUGAUGGCACCCUCGCAGCGCUACGUCCAGAUGUACGUCUACUUCUGCCCCGAGCAGGCGGGCGCCUUCUCGGGCCAGCUGAAGCUGUGGCUGAAGAGCUCCGGCUGGCGGCACCUGGUGCGGCUGGAGGGCACGUGCCAGGAUGUGGACGCGCUGAUGCAGACGCAGCCCACCGACGGCUGAUGAGCGCCGCUGGCCGGCCGGCGCCGCUGGUGGUGGCCUCCCGGGAUGGUGUAUGUGUGUACCUGA